AUACUUUAUUUCUCUAUCUAAUCGUUAAUAUAGUUAAUACAGAGAGUUACCUUCCUUAAAAUAAAUAUAUGUAUUAAAGUACACAUGGCCACCUCAACUCUCAAAUACAAGCGUUUUCCAGCGCAUAAGUCCGAAAGUGAGAAGCAGCCUUUGUUAAAGCGUUCUAGGAAGAGAAGAACAAGUGUUACGGCUAGUUUUAGUGCAACUCUGGAAGCAAUCCCUGAAAACCGUGCCAAGUCAUUUACAACUGAAAUUAAAGAGGAGGACCUUCCGGGAAAAAGAAGAAAAAAGAUAAUUUUGAGCAUAUUCUUAACAUUAUUAACUGUUUUAUCAACUGUAACAUUCGGCAUCUCUGUUCCUUUGUAUGUGGCUUCCUUCAAAGAUGGAUUUAUAGCCAUUCUAUUAGUCGCUUUUUGGUUCCCUCCACUAUUUUUUUUUCAAGUUUUACUCUUUAAACUUUUCAUUGAUCCAAGUAUAGUCUUAAAAUCAUCGGCGCCGUGGAGUAACGUAUUCAUGGUUGGUUUUGCAAUUGCUCUCAAUGGAAUAAUGUUGGCCUAUACUAGUGAUCCGAACAGAACUCCACCAUAUUUACAGGCUAGGAUUUUUCAUCCAAUUAGGAUGAAAGAUUUGUCAUUUUUUUCUCCAAUGAUGAUUCAUGAAGAUAUGAUCAAAGGAGAAAAAACACAGUUUGUCUACGCGAUAUUACAAACUCUUGUUAUUCCUUACACAGUAUUUAUUAGGUAUUUAAUGCUUGGAAAAGGGAUUAAUGUCAAGCAGGCCUUAUGUUUGUUAACAUUGUUUGCCGGUAUACUUAUAUCGCUAUUACCGCAAUUCACCAUACCACAAACAGCAGCUGCAACAAACGUGACAAACGACGUUACAAGACCCGCUAAAGAAUGGUACUUUCCUUUUACCUAUGCCUUAUCCUACCUUCCUCUUGCCUUUGGUCUUACUUUAAUGGAAAAAAACACCAUGGUUCAUAAAGCCAACACUGUUGUUUAUAUAGCCUGGGCUCAAGUAUUCCUCUACGGUACAUAUAUAUUAUUAUUUUGGACGGACUUCUUACCAAAAUUUGGUUAUGCAAAUGGUACUCAAGAUUUUGCAAAUAGUGUGAAAAAAGGUUUAGCCUGUUUGUAUACAAAUUCAAGCGACUGUAAAUCUGUACUACCAACUGCAAUUGUAUUUAUGAUAUCCUAUUGCAUAUCGAAUAUGUGCAAUAUCCUAUUGAUAAAGCAUGCGCAGGGAGCGAUAUAUGUGGCAGUAUCAACGGCUUUAGUUAUGCCGUUAGGAACAAUAUUUUGGACACUCUUUACACCCGAUCUGAAAUGGCAACCGCAAUUCUCAUCAUCAAUGUGGUUUGUUGUUCUCGCCUUGAUUAUUAUGGUUCCAUCAACCUUCUUAUAUUCCAUUUUUGGUAAUUUGUCAUCACCCAAAUCCGCAUAUAAAUCCUAUCAGCAUUCGCAAGUGAGACUUAGGAGAAGCUCAAGAGGUUAUAGGACCAUUCCUAGGAGUAAUAGCUCUCCGAACCUAUAUAAAGUUUUAUUAUAA